AUGUCGAGCCACAAACAAGAGCCACUGGAGGAAGGAGUUGAUCAAUUGACUCAGUUCCGCGAGCGCUGCGCCGACCACGUCGCUGACUUUAAGUCCAUUCUCGAGGAGUGCAAUGACCGCGUCAACUCGCGCUCCAACACCGAGGAGACCUGCCACCAGGAGAUGACCGACUACGUCCACCAUCUCGACCACUGUGCCAUGCCAAAGGCCUUCGCUUCUCUGAAAUAA